GUGUCUGCCAACACCCCGGGAGAUGGGCAGUGCGGGUCUGGGCUGCAGGGGUGACUACAGGACAGGGGUUCAAGUCUCCGGCGACUGCACCAGGCGGCCCCGCCCCAAAGCCCCGCCCAAGCGUCGCCCCGCCCCCAAACACAGCCCCGCCCCUGAAGAGCUGGAACCGGCGGUGGAAGGCCGGGCGGAGGACGGGUCCGUCGUGAUUGGUGGCAGCUCUCGGCUGGCAGCCAAUGGGCUGCGAGGGCGUCUUGGGGGCGGGGCGAGGCCGAGCCUUAAGAGGGCGGCCGUGCAGGGUCGCUGCCACAUCGCUGUGGUCGCCCGGGUCGCGUCCAGCAGGCUCAGCAGCAGGCCCUCGGCACUCCCCGCUCCUCCAGGUGACGACGAGAUGCUCUCCAAACUCGCGCGGCUGCGGAGCCAGAGCGUGCCCGCACUCUGCCGCGGCCUGCCUUCGGCCACGUCCACGGCCACCAAGAAGUCCACCCGGGGCCCUUCGUCCGAGUCCAUUUUUGAGCGGGAGGCCAAGUAUGGGGCCCACAACUACCACCCUCUGCCCGUGGCCCUGGAAAGGGGGAAAGGCAUCUACGUGUGGGACGUAGAAGGAAGAAAAUACUUUGACUUCCUGAGUGCAUACAGCGCCGUGAACCAAGGCCACUGCCACCCCAAGAUUGUGGAUGCUAUGAAGAGCCAGGUGGACAAGCUCACACUCACCUCCCGGGCUUUCUACAACAACGUCCUCGGCGAGUACGAAGAGUACAUCACAAAGCUAUUCAACUACCAGAAGGUCCUGCCCAUGAACACAGGUGUGGAGGCUGGCGAGACCGCCUGCAAACUUGCCCGGCGCUGGGGCUACGUUGCCAAGGGGAUUCCGAGGUACAAAGCCAAGAUCAUCUUUGCAGCUGGGAACUUCUGGGGAAGGACACUGUCCGCCGUUUCCAGCUCCACCGACCCGUCCAGCUACGAGGGCUUUGGGCCCUUCAUGCCGGGCUUUGAGAUCAUCCCCUACAACGACCUGCCAGCCCUCGAGCGAGCCCUUCAGGAUCCCAACGUCGCCGCAUUCAUGGUGGAGCCCAUUCAGGGCGAGGCAGGUGUGGUCGUGCCGGACCCAGGCUACCUGAUGGGCGUGCGAGAGCUCUGCACCCGUCACCAGGUCCUGUUCAUUGCUGACGAGAUCCAAACGGGCUUGGCCAGAACCGGGCGCUGGCUGGCCGUGGACCACGAGAACGUCAGGCCGGACGUCGUCCUGCUCGGGAAGGCCCUGUCGGGGGGCCUGUACCCGGUGUCGGCCGUGCUGUGUGACGACGAGGUGAUGUUGACCAUCAGGCCUGGGGAGCACGGCUCCACCUACGGCGGCAACCCGCUGGGCUGCCGGGUGGCCAUCGCCUCCCUGGAGGUGCUGGAGGAGGAAAACCUUGCGGAGAACGCAGACCGGAUGGGUACCUUCCUGAGAAAUGAGCUGCUCAAGCUGCCGUCCGACAUUGUGACGGCUGUGCGGGGCCGAGGGCUGCUCAAUGCCAUCGUCAUCCGAGAGACCAAGGAUUACGACGCCUGGAAGGUGUGCCUGCGACUCCGGGACAACGGUCUGCUGGCCAAGCCCACCCACGGGGACAUCAUCCGGCUGGCACCCCCGCUGGUGAUCAAGGAGGACGAGGUCCGAGAGGCCGUGGAGAUCAUCAACAAGACCAUCCUGUCUUUCUGAGGUGGGGGGUUCCCCGAGGUGCCCCGUGCGGCUGGAGAUGGGCCAGGAGCAACCGCUGGGACACUCCCCCCCACCCCCACCCCCGGCGCUCGCUUCAAGGACAACCCGUGACGUGAAACUCUCAGCUAGCGUGGCCAUGUGGCCUGAGAGGACACUGUCAGACUGUGUGCGUGUGUGUGCGCACCUGCGUCUGCUCUCCACAGUGACAUGUCCCCACUCAAAGCCUUCCAUCAACACUAGUCUGAUUUAUAAUUU